GCGGGGCCGGACGGGGCGCGGCCGAAGCGGGGCCGAAGGCGGCCGAAGCGGGGCCGAAGGCGGCCGAAGCGGGGCCGAAGGGGGCCGAAGCCGGACCAGAGCCGGGCCGAAGCGGGGCCGAAGCCGGACCAGAGCCGGGCCGAAGCGGGUCAGGGGCAGGCCGGUAGCGCAGCAUCCCCGCCAGGAUGAACGCGGUGCUGGCGGUCCGGCAGUACGUGUCCAAGAUGAUCGAGGACAGCGGCCCCGGCAUGAAGGUGCUGCUGAUGGACCGGGAGACGACCGGCGCCGUGAGCGUGGUGUACACCCAGUCCGAGAUCCUGCAGCGCGAGGUUUAUCUCUUCGAGCGCCUCGACUCACCCAACAGGGAGCCCAUGAAGCACCUCAAGGCCAUCUGCUUCCUGCGGCCCACCAAGGAGAACGUGGAGCUCCUGGUGCAGGAGCUGCGAAGGCCCAAGUACAGCAUCUACUUCAUCUAUUUCAGCAACGUCAUCAGCAAGAGCGAUGUGAAGGCCUUGGCCGAGGCCGAUGAGCAGGAGGUCGUGGCUGAAGUCCAGGAGUUCUAUGGCGACUACAUUGCGGUGAACCCACACGUCUUCUCCCUGAACCUCCUGGGCUGCUGCCGGGGCCGCAGCUGGGACCCGGCUCAGCUCACCAGGACAACCCAAGGGCUCACUGCUCUGCUCCUGUCCCUGAAGAAGUGCCCCAUGAUCCGGUACCAGCUCUCCUCAGAGCCAGCGAAGCGCUUGGCCGAGUGUGUGAAGCAAGUGAUCACGAAGGAGUACGAGCUGUUUGAUUUCCGGCGCACAGAGGUCCCUCCCCUGCUCCUCAUCCUGGACCGGUCGGACGAUGCCAUCACCCCACUCCUGAACCAGUGGACGUACCAGGCCAUGGUCCACGAGCUGCUGGGGAUCAACAACAACCGCAUCGACCUGUCCCGGGUGCCGGGGAUCAGCAAGGACCUGCGGGAGGUCGUCCUGUCAGCUGAGAACGACGAGUUCUACGCCAACAACAUGUACCUGAACUUCGCCGAGAUUGGCACCAACAUCAAGAACCUGAUGGAGGAUUUCCAGAGGAGGAAGCCAAAGGAGCAGCAGAAGCUGGAGUCCAUAGCAGAUAUGAAGGCCUUUGUGGAGAACUACCCUCAGUUCAAGAAGAUGUCAGGCACAGUGUCCAAGCACGUGACAGUGGUGGGGGAGCUGUCCCGGCUGGUGGCGGAGCGGAACCUGCUGGAGGUGUCAGAGGUGGAGCAGGAGCUGGCCUGCCAGAAUGACCAUUCCAGUGCCCUCCAGAGCGUGCGGCGGCUGCUGCAGAGCCCGCGGGUGUCGGAGCUGGACGCGGCACGGCUGGUGAUGCUCUACGCGCUGCGCUACGAGCGCCACGCCAGCAGCGGCCUCCCGGCGCUGCUGGAGGAGCUGCGCGGCCGCGGCGGCACCGACAGGUACCGCAAGCUGGUGUCUGCCGUGGUGGAGUACGGAGGGAAGCGUGUCCGAGGCAGUGACCUGUUCAGCCCCAAGGAUGCCGUGGCCAUCACCAAGCAGUUCCUCAAAGGCCUGAAGGGCAUCGAGAACGUGUACACCCAGCACCAGCCCCUGCUCCAGGAAACCCUGGACCAGCUCAUCAAGGGAAAGCUCAAGGACAGCCAGUAUCCCUACCUGGGCCCCAACACACUCCGGGACAGGCCUCAGGACAUUAUCGUGUUCCUCAUCGGAGGGGCCACCUACGAGGAGGCUCUGACCGUGUUCAACCUGAACCGCUCCAACCCCGGCGUCCGCAUCGUCCUGGGUGGGACCACCAUCCACAACACCAGGAGCUUCCUGGAGGAGGUCACAGCCGCAGGAUUCCGCGGUCGAAGCACUGACAGCUCCCAAGUCCCACCAAGGUCCAGCAGCCGACGGUGAAUCCUGAAGGAAUGAGUACUUUUUUGAACAUUCAGAGCUUUCCCAGAGCAGAGCAGGAUGUUCCUGCCCUGCAGCUGGAGCUUCCUCUCCACACCCAGAAUGGCAGCGAACGCUGGAGCUGUUGCUAGCCCAAAGGCAAGGAUGUGCCCCCCACUGCAGCUCCUCAUUGUCCCCUCACAAACAGCUCCAGGACUGGGAUGGCCACCUGAGGAGAGCCUGGGAAAGCCCUUGAAUCCCUGCAGCUCCUGGCUCUUUAUGGGACACACGGGAUGAGUCCCAUGAGGAGCCCAGCGAUGCUGCCCCGUGCUGGGGGAGCAGCUGUGGGGGUGUGGCUGGUGGGCACAGGAGCCCUUUGCUCUGUUAUCUGUAUAUGUUGAAUCCUAUUAAAUCCCCCACUUUGGCCAAA